AUGAAAGUGGAUUCUGCAAAAUUAACCCGUUAUGUUUCCCCGGUAAACCCUGCAGUUUUUCCACAUCUAACAUUUGUUCUACUGGGAAUCGGAAUAUUUUUCACUGCUUGGUUUUUUGUAUAUGAAGUUACCAGUACUAAGAGGACAAGAGACAUUAAAAAAGAACUUCUUUUGGCACUAGUAGCGUCUGGAUUUGCAGGCUUUGGAAUAUUGUUCUUACUUUUAUCUGUUGGAAUUUAUGUAUAGUAUUUAUAUACCUACUAUUUUGUACUGUUUAUAAUUAAGUUUCGUAAUUAUAAUUUGAUUAUUUGUAAUACCUAAUACAUCAAUUAAAUGAUGUUAAUAAAUUAUAAGAACUAAA